CCACACAUCCAUCGGACGAAAAUAUCGGGGGCCGGAGGUACCGCAGGCAGCUGCGGCUAGCUUAGGCUAGCACAAGUUGCUGCCCGUGCCCGGUUGCUGGUGCAAGUGAGGAGGCGGACGGGACGGUGACAUAGACAUAGACAUACAUCCCCCCGGCCCCCGCCGUCGGCGACCUGCCAACCUUGCUGGCCUCGUCGUGCCUAUAAGAUAGCCGCCAUGCGCUAGCUGCAGCAGGCAACCACGAGAGAGAGAGAGAGAGAGGCACACCCACACAACACAAGCAGCCACUGAGCAUCCAAGGGUUGCAAUGGCCGGCUGCGGAGAGAAGAGCGACGCCGGCGUUGGCCUGUACGCCGUGCUCGGCGUUGCGAGCGACUGCUCCGACGCGGAGCUGCGCAGCGCCUACAGGAAGCUGGCCAUGAAAUGGCACCCGGACAAGUGCGGCAGCGGCAGCUCCGGCGGCUCGGAGGCCGCCAAGGGCAGGUUCCAGAAGAUCCAGGCAGCAUACGCUGUUCUGUCGGACCCCAACAAGCGUAUCCUCUACGACGUUGGAGCCUACGAGAGCGAUGGCGAUGACGAGGGUGCAGGAGAAAUACUGGGAGACAUCCUGGAGGCCAUGAACCACACACCUCCACACGAAGACGGCGAGAGCGAGAGCCUGGAGGACCUGCACAAGCAGUUCGAGGAGCUGUUCCUCAAACCGGACGCCUACGCGUACGCGCGCUCCUCCAAGUCCUCCUCGUCGUCGUCCAAGAUAAGUGCCGGCAAGAAGUAGCUCCCAAGAUGAAUGAUCUUCGCAUGUGGAGAUGGUCGUGUUGUUUCUAAAAGAAAUGAUCUUCGUACGUGGAGCUGCAGCUGGCUAAUUUCAUCCACGGCAGAUGACUCUGAAGAAGAGCAUCUCCGCGGAGGCGAAGAGAGGCAAUCGCCAAGAUUAAUGUUGAGUCUUCAGCAUAGAGCAUAGCCUAGUCACUAAGAAGAAUUUAUUUAAGGUGGCAUGCGGAUGACACCUCUCGCCAUCGCGUGGACUUUUCUACCUUGUGAUUUGUACGGGAGUACUACUUUGCGUGAAUUGAAUAACAUUUCUGUCAUCUUUUCUUAAAAAUAAUAUAAGCAAUUAUUUCAA